AUGGAGGGAAAUAUUACAAGAGCACACAGAUCAUCUGUAUCCGUUGCAGUGGAAGGAUAUCAUAAAAUUGAUGACAACAUACAAGAGAUCCAGGAAAAACAAAAGAAGUCUCUGUGUCAAGUAAUAUUCAUUGAUGACAAUGAUAAAACCUUGAGUAAAGAAGAGCAGAAAGGAUACCUCAUUCAGUAUCAGAGGACCCAUUCAGGGGAGAAACUUCAAUACGAAGAAUGUGGGAAAUCAUUUUGUACAAGUUCACACUCUAUUCAGCAUUCUGGAGCUCAUGUGGGAUUCAAACAUUAUGAAUGUAAUGAAUGUGGGAAAACUUUCUGUCAGAAGUCAAACCUUAGUGAACAUGUGAGAAUUCACACUAAGGAAAAAACUUAUGGUAACAAUGACUGUGGGAAAUCUUACAGGUCACCCAUUAUAGGACAUCAGAGAAUAGAAACAAAGAUGAAACUCUGUGAAGCCAGUGAAUGUGGGAAAAUAUUCUUCAAGAUGGCAUGUCUUAAAGAACAUUGGAGAAUUCCCACUGAGGAGAAACCUUAUGAAUGUAUUGGAUGUGGGAAAACUUUCUUCACAUCAUCACAUCUCAGAGCACAUCAGAGAAUUCACACAGGUGACAAACCCUAUGAAUGUAUUGAAUGUGAGAAAACUUUCUCUCACAAGACACACCUCAAUGCACAUCAGAGAAUCCACACAGGAGAGAAACCCUAUGAAUGUACUGAAUGUGGAAAAUCUUUUACCUGUAAUUCAGCCCUAAAAGCACAUCAGAGAAUUCACACAGGUGAGAAACCCUAUGUAUGUACUGACUGUGAGAAAACUUUUGCCUAUAAUUCAGCACUCAGAGCACAUCAGAGAAUUCACACAGGGGAGAAACCUUAUGAAUGUAAAGAAUGUGGAAGGGCUUUUGCCCGUAUUUCUGUUCUCAAAGCACAUCAAAGUAUUCAUACAGGUGAGAAACCCUAUGACUGUAAUGAUUGUGGGCGAUCUUUUACCUUCAGUUCAGGUCUAAGAGCACAUCAGAGAAUUCACACAGGGGAGAAACCCUAUGAAUGUAAUGAAUGUGAGAAAACUUUUACCCAUAAUACAGCCCUCAGAGUACAUCAGAGAAUUCACACAGGGGAGAAACCUUAUGAAUGUAAUGAAUGUGACAAAACUUUUACCCGUAAUUCAGCGCUUAGAGCACAUCAGAAAAUUCACACAGGGGAGAAACCCUAUGAAUGUAAUGAAUGUGGAAAAACUUUCACUGAGAAGUCAUAUGUUAGUGCACAUCAGAGAGUUCACACAGGAGAGAAACCCUAUGAAUGUAAUAUUUGUGGAAAACCAUUUGCCUUUGACUCAUCCCUUAAAGUGCAUCAGAGAAUUCACACAGGUGUGAAAUCCUAUUGUUGCAAUGAAUGUGGGAAAACUUUCUCCCAGAAGUCACACCUUAUGUCACACCAGAGGACUCACACAGGGGAGAAACCCUAUGAAUGUAAUGAAUGUGGAAAAAGUUUCUCCCAGAAGUCAAACCUUAGUGCACACCAGAGGACUCACACAGGGGAGAAACCCUAUGAAUGUAAUAUUUGUGGGAAACCAUUUGCCCUUAGCUCAUCCCUUAAAGUGCAUCAGAGAAUUCACACAGGUGUGAAAUCCUAUGGAUGUGAUGAAUGUGGGAAAACAUUCUCCCAGAUGGGGAGAAACCCUAUGAAUGUAAUGAAUGUGGGAAAGCUUUUGCCCACUUUUCAACUCUCAGAGUACACCAGAGAAUUCACACAGGGGAGAAACCCUAUGAAUGUGGUGAAUGUGGGAACAUUUUUGUUCGUAAGGCAGCUCUUAGAGUACAUCACAUCAGAAUGCAUACCAGAGAGAAAACCCUAACACAUCAUGAAUUUGAGAAGUCCUGAAUUAACUCAUGCCUUACUUUAUACCACACAGCAGAGAAACUCUUGUCAUGUAGACUGGAAAGUUGUUUUCCCUAACAUUUUCCACUAGGCUCAUAUCUUGUUGAAAAUCCCGAUCUCAUUCAUCCAGGUGGGCUGACCAGAGAAUAUGAUGCUAAUGAUAUCUAUUACAUUUUGUCCUGGCCCUUAAGCAUAGUCUCCCUGGUCUAUGGCAAGAUGGGAUUGAGAUGAUUUCCACAGCAAGUUGGCUUUUGUGUGUUGAAUGUGGUGCAGCACAAGGUCAAAAGAAGCUAGAAUCUGAGUAAAUGUUUGAAAUAUAAUUCUCUGCUUCCACAUCUUCAUCAGUUGUUUGUUUUUCAAGCAAGUAUUAUGAGCUCUCAGAUUUGACCUAUUAGUUAAAUGCAUUGUUUUGCUGUCUCCCUAUUAGACUGGGAUGAAAUCGUACUAACAUAAUACAUUUCAGAACUAUAAUAAUUCAGUUUUAUUGUAUAUCGGAGACUUCACAUGAAGAAGAAAAUUGUCAACAUCCUGAAUGAUGAGAAGCCUUCAUUAAAGUCAGAGAUAUUUUGGAAAAACACAAAAGCCUUCACAACAAAAUUAAUUGCAUUAAACAUCAAAUAAUUAGGAUAAAAUUUUAUAUUUUGAAUAAAUGAUUUUUAACAAAUAUUGAAUGUUUGUUUUUAGAAAUUUAUUUCCUGAGAAAGUGUCAGUUUCAGAAUUGAAAAAAAUAAAAUCUUCACCUACAAAAACUUAUGUUUGGAUGUACUAUCAAAAAUUUUAUAGAAAAAAAGAACAAAUUCCUAUACACAAACUCACUGUAGAAUGUGAAGUUUUUUAAAUGGAGGAAUAGCUUAAAUUCUGUGGAUAACACCAAUAAAUAUUUAUGAAAAGUCA